AUCUCAACUGCCCGAGGUACUUUGCGACCAGAUCGACCUAUUUACUUAGGAUUGCCCAAUUGCCUUCGUUUGCGUGACACACCCCGUAUCAUCGCCCUCCUGUUUUCCCUGCGUUGGUCGGUCUCUCCGCCACGCUCUUUCCGACUACUUUCGUCGCAUAUCCCCGACAUUUCUGCCUCCCUAGCAAAAGAUGAACACUACGUUUGCGAGUUCCCUGUUGAAGGCGUUGCCUUCAGUUGGUCGGCAAUGCCAACUUCAUACCUCUUCGAUUCGGCUCAUCAGACCGUUCUCCUCAACCCAUGGAACAUCCGCGUCGGAUGCUAAAGACAAGACCCGGCAAAUUGAGAGACAGAUUCUGAAAGCGAAGCCCGAGGCAGCCACCGAUGAGAACUCUGCACUCUCCGCGAUCACCAAGAUGAUGCAGGGAGAGAGGACUCGCACGAAUCAGAAUGUGAGCCGUGAUUACUCCAGGAUGGCAGAGAGCCUGGAAGCCGAAAUGAUUAAGCAACCCUACGCCGACCGUGCUCCUCCGCAUCACCUACACGUCUUCUCACAUAAGCAUAACACCAUUUUGACCUUGACACGACCUAAUGGUAACCCGCUGUUAUCGAUGAGCUGCGGUCAUCUCGGCUUCCGCAAAGGGCACCGUUCGGGAUACGACCCAGCAUACCAAUUGACGUCCCAUGUGUUCGGUCAGAUGCAGGAACGGGGCUAUCUUCUUGAUAUCAAUCGCCUGGAGAUCGUAUUUCGCGGGUUUGGACUGGGCCGUGAGGCUUUCACCAAGGUUCUGCUGGGUAACGAGGGUAAGAACAUUCGUGGGCUGGUCAGCCGCGUAACGGACUCGACUCGUAUAAAGUUUGGUGGUACCAGGAGCAGGAAGGUGCGGAGACUGGGUUAGAUCCUUUCAUAUCUUGGGUUUCGGGGCGGCCUUCUCUGGUCAUACAUCCACCUGGGAAUGCUGUGGUUGAAGGGCAAUGCCGUUCUACCAUUCUCGACUUAUUAGUAUCUUGAGUGGCGGCAGAGAAUGUUACCUGCCAUGCGGUAUGUCUCCAGCAUUGAUAACCGAAUCACAGCCCAGCAUUGUAUAUGCAUCUGUUGGAGGGAAAGAGAAGAGAGGCUCUUUUGAAAUGGUUUGUUCUGUCACUUAUAUCUGUAUAUUAGCCAAUUUGGUACCGGGAAUACACGGGAUAUUUUUCAAUCAUGCGAGA